CGUGUCUAUUUCUCCUUUCCAGUUUCACCACAAUAAGUGCCUUUUGAAAACCUUCCAUGGCAGAUACAGUUUCCAAAAAGUGUUUAUAGCAUUCUAUGGCCUGAGAAAAUGGUCACAUAGACUCAUCAUUCCAACUGCCAAGCAUCAGGAAAACAUUCCCAAUUCUGCCAAAUGGUAACGUAAAUCAGGAAUUAUAAGUUCAAAGAGGGCGUUGCAUCUGUGAUUCAUUUUGUACAAAGUUAGCGAGAUGGAUUCCCGCAGCCAGUCCACGGGACCCACUACCCCCACACACGUCCGCCCACGUUUCGACCCCUCCACGACGCCCAUGGGGGCCCCAGGUGGGACCAUGGGCGGUCUGCACGCCCAGGGUAGGGUAGGCGGUCUCCAGCCGCAAGGAGGAGUCGUUGGGCCUACGGUCAGCGUGGCGGGAGGUCCCUUCGCGGGCGGCUACGGACGCUGGGUGGCGGGGGAUCGUGGCGGCGGCCAGGCGGGCACGGCCUUCAUGCGCCGGACCCGCAUGGGCAUCGGGUCCACCUUGAUUGGGCCCCUGAACCGGCAGCCCGAACCGCCGUCCAACGAGCCGGAUCACGCCGAGGCCUUCGUGGAGGAGUCCGGCAUCAAGCUGUUCGAGUCCCGACCCAAGGCCGAGGACGACCAUGACCACGACGACGAGGACGACGACGAGGGUGACGACAGCGAGGAGGACCCUCUUUACGAGCUGGAUGUGAUGGACGACACCAUCGUGGAGGAGGGCGAGGACGAGGAGGAGGAGGACGAGAAGGGCGGCGACUCCGGCGGCGCGAAGGAGACGCCGAGCCAAGGACAGAAAAGUGAGGCGGCGGCGGCGGAGCCACAGGCUGAAGUCGCGACGUCUGUGGCCCCGCAGGAGACAGCCAAGUCGGAGAGGAGUGGUAGCGUCAGCAGUGCCGGAAGCAGCAACAAUAGCUCUGGAAACAUCAGCAACGGCCCCAACGCCAACUGCCUGGCUACCAAGGGCAUGCAGGGGAGCGUUAGCAACAGCAGCAGCGGCGGGGCUGUCAACGGCGCCGGGAAAAGGGAUUCUUGCAGCAGCGGAAGCUCUCGAGACUCCGGCAUGAGCGAGCCCUGGCCUGCCCCCGAGCAGCAGAACUUCAACCGAGGGCGGCCAUGUCGCCUCUCCCUGCCCUCCACCGCGCGUCCUCGACACCAGUUCACCAUUCGACGGGUGGCGGAGGCGGAGGCGCCCCCCGCCCGCCGCACCUCCGAAUACAUCGACAAUCGGCUGGCGGAGCUCCGGAGCCCCGAGUCCUCCAUGAUGUCGGCCCGAUCCCAGCACCCCGUCUGGGUCAAGCGUCACACGGAAACAACAGGAGUGACAGGAGGCAAGAGCCAGCAGCUAACAGACAACCUCGCUGAUGGCUCUCAGGAGGCAGGAUCACGCAUUGGGGGGUCAGGAGGCAACGGAAGGGGGGAUGGCAGUGGCAUGCAGUCAUCAGGCAGCGUGCGUCCGAGGUCAGGAACUUGGAGCGUGGCGAACUCAAGAAGGGUCAAGAUUAAGGCUGAGAAGGAGGAGGAAGCCUCCUUCCGCCAGCGCCGUAAGUCAGGUGACGACAUUCUUGCUGCCACAUCGAACAACGGGAGCAAUGUUGCAAGCAGCCGUCGCAAAGAGGGUGGUCCACAAGGAUUCUUUGACUCCUUUAGACCACGUUCCAAAUCUGAUGCCAGAGCCAUAUUGGCAGCACGUCAGAGGAGGAAAUCAGGAGAUGAUGUCCUUAACACAUCAGCCAAGGAAAAGGAGAAGAAAAAGGAGACUUCGGCUGGGUUCUUUGACUACAUCACACGCCCUAGGUCGAAGUCUGAUGCCUCAUCUCGCCUGGCCAAGAAACCCAACCUGAUGACUACCAUGAAGAAUGCCGUUCAGAGCUGGAGUGAUGAAAAGGAACGUAGGAGGAGGGAGCGAGAGGCUCAGCGACGAGAGAGGCAGUUGAUGUUGGGUCGCUUCUCCAAGUCCUGUCAGCAAUCGCUAGUGUCACCAAGCAGCAGCAGCCGAGGUGGGCGCCGAAGUGGUGAUGCAACACCAGUUGAACAGCAACCUGGAGAUGAUGUCUACCACACUUGGCAUGCAGGAGCGCCUCACCCCAACCUGCAGAUAAGGAAUCGUACACCUGACAGUUCUAGAUCAACACCACUGUCAAAAGUCAUGGAGCUCUUUAGAAGUCAUCGAGGAGAGACCACAGAAGAACGCCAGCGGAGAAGGAGACCUUUCUUUCAGUACGCAGCACAGGAGCAGUUGAACGAGUUGCAACAGUUGCAUUGGUGUUGCAACAUGAAAAAAGUGAUUACCAAAAGUCCCUUAGUUGUUGAUUCUGCUAGAGUACAAAAUAGACCCCGAGUUGACCAGUGUAAACCGCUACACUCAAGACCCCCCACCAUUGCGUUAUAA